AUGAUCCCUGAACUGAAGGCAUUUUCCUAUAAUAGCAGCUUAAAGUUAGAAAUUGCAUUCAGUCCCCCGCCGCCCUCAGAGCACAGCUCCACCGCCAUGUCUUCCGUGAGGGCCCUGCAGCCUGUGGAGGAGCAGCUCAAGCUGGAGGCCGGUGUGGAGAGGAUCAAGGUCUCACAGGCGGUGGCAGAGCUCCAGCGGUACUGCAUGCAGAACGCCUGUAAGGAUGCGUUGCUGGUUGGGGCCCCAACUGGGAGCAAUCCCUUCUGGGAGCCCAGAUCCCGCUCUCUACUCUGA